UCUUUCCCCAGCUACAAAUAUAUAUAGCCCCCUGAUGGCACCAAGAUCCUCACCUCCCUAAAGUAACAUAAUCUCUUUCUCUGUUAUCUUAAAAGUUGCUUGAUUAUGGGUAGACUUGACUCUAACUUUCCCGACACUUGCCAUUCCAAUCCCUUAGACCCCGAAGAAUUCAGAAAACAAGCCCAUGAAAUGGUAGAUUUCAUUGCCGAUUAUUACCAAAAAAUAGAAACCUACCCAGUUCUAAGCCAGGUGCAGCCAGGUUAUCUCCGCGCCAACCUCCCAGAAAAUGCCCCGUAUCUCCCUGAACCCCUCGAAACAAUUCUCCAAGACGUGCAAAACCAGAUAAUCCCGUGCAACCAUUGGCUAAGCCCUAACUUCUUUGCAUUUUUUCCUUCCACUGCUAGCACUGCCGCUUUUCUUGGAGAAAUGCUUUGCACGUGCUUUAACUCCGUAGGGUUCAACUGGCUAGCUUCCUCAGCCUCAACCGAGCUGGAAAUGAUCGUCAUGGACUGGCUAGCCAACAUGCUGAAGCUACAGUCCUUCAUGUUUCAAGGCAAUGGUGGUGGCAUCAUUCAAAACACAACCAGCGAAGCUAUUCUUGUUACUCUCAUUGCAGCCAGAGACAAGGCUCGCGAUGUUCUGGGCUUCGACAGCAUGCACAAGCUUGUCGUCUAUGCCUCUGACCAAACUCAUUCCACAUUCGCCAAAGCCUGUAAGUUGGCUGGUAUUUCUCCUCCAAACAUAAGGUCCAUUCCGACUACCCUCGACACUGCUUUCUCUCUGUCUCCUCUUCAUCUCCGGAAGGCAGUGGAAGCUGACGUGGCAGCCGGGCUGAUCCCACUCUACCUUUGUGUAAAUGUGGGGACGACUUCCACCACUGCCGUUGAUAUAAUAGGACCGCUUGCUGACGUGGCUAAUGAACAUGGCAUCUGGGUGCACGUCGAUGCUGCCUACGCGGGUAGUGCAUGUAUAUGCCCAGAGUUCAGGCAUCACCUGGAUGGGAUAGAACGAGUGGACUCGCUGAGUUUAAGUCCCCACAAGUGGCUACUCAGCUUCUUGGAUUGUUGCUGCUUGUGGGUCCAAAAGCCCAGCUUGCUAGUGAAAGCACUUAGCACCAACCCGGAGUACUUGAGAAACAAACAAAGCGAAUCAGAGUCGGUCGUGGAUUUUAAGGAUUGGCAAGUCGGUACAGGUCGGAGGUUCAAAUCGUUACGGUUAUGGCUCAUUUUUAGAAGCUAUGGUAUUGUCAACAUACAAAAUCACAUCCGCUCGGACGUACGCAUGGCCAAAAUGUUCGAGCGGUUUGUAAGAUCUGACCAAAGGUUCGAGAUCGUGGUGCCAAGAGAGUUCGGGCUGGUGUGUUUUCGGUUAAAACCGGCUGAGAAUAUCCGAUCGGAUUAUACCGAGAUGUUGAACCGGAAGCUCUUGGAGUGGGUCAACUCAACAGGGCGGGUUUAUAUGACCCACACCAAAGUCGGUGGGAUAUACAUACUGAGGUUUGCGGUGGGGGCCACGCUGACAGAGGAUCGCCACGUGGUUGCCGCGUGGAAGUUGAUCAAGGAAGGAGCUGAUGCAUUGCUCGUCAAGGGCACUGGAUCCUUUCCACUCCCAACGUGUCCGUGUGACAGAGACGUGCUUGCGGGAGAAUGAAAGAAGUUUCAUUCCUUGAGUAUAAUAAUUAUUUACGAUCUAUUUCUAUCUAAGUUGCUUUAUGACAUUAAAUCACAAAAGAAAUUUGUGGUUAGCAGUUGGGAGCAUCUAUAGUUGUAUUUGUAUCCACUUUGUUGCACUAGCACUAGCAUUCCCGGUUGGCAUUAAUUCUUCAUAAAUAAAAAUGGUAGCCGAAUGAUUGUAUUAA